AUGUCGGGCUACGCAGGCGGAGGCCACUAUGACGAUGGCUAUGGCCCCCAGCAGGGACAGGCACAUGGUCAAGCUCAUGGUGACUCCUACUACCAGGACGAACAUGCCCAGGGUUAUUAUGACAACCAAGGAUACGCUGACGGAGGCUAUUAUGACCAAGGUAAUGGCUACUACGGAGCAGACGGUCAUGGCGCCAAUGCAGCCCAUGCGGAUGGUGCACACCACGCCGAUGGAGGCCACGGAUACGCCGACGGAGGAUAUUACGAAGCCGGACACCACGAUCAGUACUACGGCGGCGCCGGUGCAGGUGGUGACCAGUACUACGACCAGGGACAAGGGGAAUAUGGCCGAGGCCGUCGUGGCCAUGAUUCCGAGGAGGAUUCCGAGACCUUUAGCGAUUUCACAAUGAGGUCCGAGACUGCUCGUGCUGCGGACAUGGAUUACUAUGGCCGUGGAGAUGAACGGUACAAUAGCUACUCAGACAGCCAAUACGGCGGUCGUGGUGGCUACCGUCCUCCUUCCUCCCAGAUCUCCUACGGAGCUAACCGAUCAUCUGGUGCUUCGACUCCUGUCUACGGAAUGGACUACGGAAAUGCCCUUCCCGCUGGCCAGCGCUCGCGUGAGCCUUACCCCGCCUGGACAUCUGACGCCCAGAUCCCCCUCUCAAAAGAGGAGCUUGAGGAUAUCUUCCUUGAUCUGGUCAACAAGUUUGGCUUCCAGCGGGACAGCAUGCGAAACAUGUACGACCACAUGAUGACUAUGUUGGACUCUCGUGCCUCGCGCAUGACGCCGAACCAGGCACUUCUCUCUAUCCACGCUGACUAUAUUGGUGGCCACAACGCGAAUUACCGCCGGUGGUAUUUCGCCGCUCAUCUCGAUCUCGAUGAUGCUGUUGGUUUUGCCAACAUGAAGCUCGGCAAGGCGGAUCGCAAGACGCGAAAAGCCCGCAAGGCUGCGGCUAAGGCUGCCAAAAAGAACCCCGAGAACGAAGAGGAGACGCUCGAGGCGUUGGAAGGAGAUAACAGUUUGGAAGCUGCAGAAUACCGGUGGAAGUCUCGCAUGAACCGCAUGUCCCAGCACGAUCGGGCCCGUCAAAUUGCCCUAUAUCUGCUGAUCUGGGGUGAAGCCAACCAGGUCCGAUUCCUGCCGGAAUGCAUCUGUUUUAUCUUCAAGUGUGCCGACGAUUACUACACUUCGGCUGAAUGUCAGGCUCGCGUUGAGCCAGUGGAGGAAUUCACUUACCUGAAUGAGAUCAUCACUCCUCUGUACCAGUACUGUCGGGAUCAGGGUUAUGAAAUCAUGGACGGCAAGUACGUUCGCCGUGAGUAUGAUCACAACAAAAUCAUUGGAUAUGAUGAUAUGAACCAGCUGUUCUGGUACCCGGAGGGUAUUGAGCGCAUCGGAUUUGAAGAUAAGACUCGUCUGGUCGAUGUCCCGAUCUCCGAAAGAUGGCCCAAGCUGAAGGACGUGGUCUGGAAAAAGGCCUUCUUCAAGACUUACAAGGAAACUCGCUCCUGGUUCCACAUGAUCACCAACUUCAACCGUAUCUGGGUUAUUCACCUGGGUGCCUUCUGGUUCUUCACUGCUUACAACGCCCCGACCUUGUAUACUAUCAACUACCAACAGCAAUUUGACAACAAGCCACCGCCGCCCAAAUAUCUCGCUGCCAUCGGUUUCGGUGGUGCUCUUGUCUCCUUCAUCCAGAUUCUAGCCACCAUUUGUGAAUGGAUGUACGUUCCCCGACGUUGGGCUGGAGCACAGCAUCUACGAAAGCGCUUCAUGUUCCUCAUCGUUGUCUUCAUUAUCAACCUGGCGCCUGGCAUCGUGAUCUUUAGCAUCUUGCCCGGGCUGAAGAUGCCGGAGAAGACCACGAACGGCAUUGGCCUCGCUCUCGGUAUUGUCCACUUUGUUAUUGCAGUCCUUACUGCUGCUUUCUUCGCAAUCCAGCCGUUGGGUGCGCUGUUCGGCAACUACAUGAAGAAAGGUGGACGACAGUAUGUUGCCAGUCAGACCUUCACAGCUAGUUUCCCUCGUCUUGCAGGUAACGAUAUGUGGAUGUCAUAUGGCCUAUGGGUCUGUGUGUUCGGUGCCAAGUUGGCGGAAUCCUACUUCUUCUUGACGCUAUCCUUCAAGGAUCCCAUCCGAAUCCUGUCCCCAAUGCAGAUCCAUCAGUGUACUGGCGCGAAAUACAUUGGUAACACCCUUUGCCACCGACAGCCUCAGAUUCUGCUGGGUCUGAUGGCCUUCAUGGACUUGACACUCUUUUUCCUGGAUAGUUACCUGUGGUACAUUAUUUGCAACACAAUCUUCUCUGUUGCCCGGUCGUUCUACUUGGGUGUGUCAAUUUGGUCACCAUGGAGGAACAUCUUCUCCCGACUUCCCAAGCGUAUCUACUCUAAGGUGCUCGCCACGACCGACAUGGAGAUCAAAUACAAGCCUAAGGUGUUGAUUUCCCAGGUUUGGAAUGCUAUCAUCAUUUCCAUGUACCGUGAGCACCUUCUGGCCAUCGACCACGUGCAGAAACUGUUGUACCACCAAGUUCCCUCCGAGCAGGAAGGCAAGCGCACCCUUCGUGCCCCGACCUUCUUCGUGUCGCAGGAAGAUCAAUCGUUCAAGACUGAGUUCUUCCCUCAGGGAAGUGAGGCGGAGCGCCGUAUCUCGUUCUUCGCGCAAUCGCUCUCUACGCCUAUGCCCGAGCCUCUCCCCGUUGACAACAUGCCCACCUUCACCGUCCUGAUCCCCCACUACAGUGAAAAGAUCCUUCUCUCUCUCCGUGAGAUUAUCCGUGAAGAUGAGCCUUACUCCCGCGUGACCCUGCUCGAAUACCUCAAGCAACUGCACCCUCACGAGUGGGAUUGUUUCGUCAAGGACACCAAGAUUCUCGCCGAUGAGACGUCGCAAUUUAACGGUGAUUACGAAAAGCCCGAGAAAGAUGCUGCGAAGAGCAAGGUUGAUGAUCUUCCCUUUUACUGUAUCGGUUUCAAGUCUGCCGCUCCCGAAUAUACCCUCCGCACAAGAAUCUGGGCUUCUCUCCGCUCUCAGACCUUGUACAGAACGGUGUCGGGUUUCAUGAACUAUAGCCGUGCUAUUAAGCUUCUUUACCGCGUCGAGAAUCCCGAGGUUGUCCAAAUGUUUGGUGGCAACUCUGAGAAGCUUGAGCGCGAGCUCGAGCGCAUGGCUCGCCGCAAGUUCCGCAUCUGUGUCUCCAUGCAGCGCUACGCCAAGUUCAGCAAGGAUGAACGUGAAAACACCGAAUUCUUGCUCCGUGCUUAUCCCGACCUGCAGAUUGCAUACUUGGAUGAAGAGCCACCUGUCGCUGAAGGCGAAGAACCCCGUCUGUACUCGGCCUUGAUCGAUGGCCACUGUGAACUUCUCGAGAACAACUUGCGCAAGCCCAAGUUCAGAAUUCAGCUGUCUGGAAACCCCAUUCUCGGAGACGGAAAGUCCGACAACCAGAACCAUGCAAUCAUCUUCUACCGUGGUGAAUACAUCCAGCUGAUUGACGCUAACCAAGACAACUACCUUGAAGAAUGUUUGAAGAUUCGCAGUGUCCUCGCCGAGUUUGAGGAAUUGACCACUGACAAUGUUUCUCCUUACACCCCUGGAAUUGCCUCCCCGGAGGAGAACCCCGUUGCCAUCCUUGGAGCCCGUGAAUACAUUUUCUCUGAGAGUGUCGGUGUCCUCGGUGAUGUUGCCGCCUCUAAGGAACAAACGUUCGGUACCCUCUUUGCUCGUACACUUGCUCAAAUCGGUGGUAAACUGCAUUAUGGUCACCCUGAUUUCCUGAAUGCCACCUUUAUGACCACCCGUGGCGGUGUUUCCAAAGCCCAGAAAGGACUGCACCUGAACGAGGAUAUUUACGCUGGUAUGAAUGCCAUUCUUCGUGGUGGACGCAUCAAGCAUUGCGAAUACUACCAGUGUGGUAAGGGUCGUGAUCUCGGUUUCGGAUCCAUUCUCAACUUCACCACGAAGAUUGGUACCGGUAUGGGUGAACAAAUGCUGUCCCGAGAGUACUACUAUCUCGGCACUCAGUUGCCUCUCGAUCGCUUCCUCUCAUUCUACUAUGCCCACCCUGGUUUCCAUCUGAACAACAUGUUCAUUAUGCUUUCAGUGCAAAUGUUUAUGUUCGUCCUGAUCAACCUGGGUGCCCUGAAGCAUGAGACCAUCAUGUGCCGUUACAACUCGGACUUGCCUAUCACCGAUCCUCUUGUACCCACUCUUUGCGCCAAUCUGAUCCCGAUUCUUAACUGGGUGAACCGCUGUGUUAUCUCUAUUUUCAUCGUGUUCUUCAUCUCCUUCGUUCCUCUCGCCGUCCAAGAGUUAACGGAGCGUGGAGUCUGGCGCAUGGCUACCCGUCUGGCCAAGCACUUCGGUUCAUUCUCGUUCAUGUUCGAGGUGUUCGUCUGUCAGAUCUAUGCCAAUGCUGUGCACCAGAACUUGUCUUUCGGAGGUGCGCGAUACAUUGGUACCGGUCGUGGUUUCGCAACGGCCCGUAUUCCAUUCGGUGUCCUCUACUCGCGAUUUGCUGGCCCCUCGAUUUACUUGGGUGCUCGUCUCCUGCUGAUGCUGUUGUUCAGUACCACAACUGUCUGGACUCCCGCUUUGAUCUGGUUCUGGGUUUCCCUGCUCGCCCUCUGCAUCUCGCCUUUCCUAUUCAACCCACACCAGUUUGCCUGGAACGACUUCUUCAUUGAUUACCGCGACUACAUCCGCUGGCUUUCUCGAGGUAACUCUCGAUCCCAUGCUUCCUCCUGGAUCGGCUUCUGUCGUCUUGCGCGUACUCGCAUCACUGGUUAUAAGCGCAAAGUCCUUGGUGUUCCAUCGGAGAAAGGAUCUGGUGACAUUCCCAGAGCGCGCCUCACCAACAUCUUCUUCAGCGAAAUCAUUUCGCCUCUACUCGGCGUUGCUGCAACAUUGAUCCCAUACCUCUAUAUCAACUCCCGCACAAUGUACUCUGAUGAUGUCAAGUGGGCUGCGAAUCCCAUCCUUCGCGUUGCGAUUGUCGCUUUCGCUCCCGUGGGUGUCAACGCCGGUGUUGCAGGUAUGUUCUUCGGCAUGGCUUGCUGUAUGGGCCCAGUGUUUGGCAUGUGCUGCAAGAAGUUCGGUGCUGUUCUCGCAGCUAUUGCUCAUGCCAUCUCCGUGAUUGUGUUCCUGCUCCUUUUCCUGGCCAUGUUCUUCCUUGAAUCCCUCAGCUGGGCCCGGACCAUCUCUGGAAUGAUCGCAGCUAUGGCUCUCCAGCGCUUCAUCUACAAGGUGAUCAUUUCUCUCGCAUUGACUCGUGAAUUCAAGAACGAUCAAUCCAACAUUGCAUGGUGGACCGGAAAAUGGUACAACAUGGGUUGGCACUCCCUCUCUCAGCCCGGACGUGAAUUCCUGUGCAAGAUCACCGAACUCGGUUAUUUCGCCAACGAUUUCUUCCUCGGCCAUAUUCUCCUGUUUGCCAUGCUCCCAGUCCUCGCCAUUCCCUACGUGGACACUUUCCAUUCGGUCAUCCUGUUUUGGCUUCGCCCAAGCUCUCAAAUUCGCCCCCCUAUUUAUUCUCUCAAGCAGUCCAAGCUUCGCAAGAGACGCGUUGUUCGCUUCGCCAUUCUCUACUUUGUCAUGCUACUUAUCUUCGUUGUCAUUAUCGCUGCGCCUGUCGUCCUGCGCAACACAAAGCAAUUGGAUAGCAUUCUGAAGGGCGACCUCUGGGAUAGCCUCGGUGUCUCCAAGAAGGACGCAAUUGGCCUACUCCAGCCACUUGAUCGCGGACUCAAUGAUACUGUCUCCUGGUACACCGGCUCUAACAUUCCCAAGGGCUACUCCUCAGGCAGCAUCCCGGCACCCUCAGAGGGUACCGCACCUGUUUUGACAUAUUGCAUUCCGGGUAUCUUGCUGGCCUGGUGCACCACACACAAGCGCUCUUUCCAAACAUCCGCCAUGGAUCUCCAGGAGACCCAGCGUAUUCUUACCGAAUAUCUGCACGAACUCGCGGAUCUAUUUCAUCGUGUACCUGGCUCCGCAAUCUUCCUCCGCUAUGUGAAAUCAAGCUAUCAAGAUGACCCAAUUCGUUCUGCCGUGGAACUCUUCCUCUUCCUUUUCGCCGUGCGAUAUCUGCUAGCGCCUAAGUAUUCGACCAAACCAGGCGUCGUACCACUUACAGAAGAUGAGAUCGAUGAUCUCGUGGAUGAAUGGACCCCUGAACCCCUCGUUGGGAACCCGACACCCUUAGAAGAGAUGGAAGUUGAUAAACGGACCGUGAUUCUUGGUCCCGUAGGCCCAAAAUCGAAACUAGCCAACGGCCGCACUGUUAUGAAUCUUGGUUCCUUCAAUUUUUACAACUUCAAUACGAAUGAGUCCCUCAAGGAACAGGCGAUCCAGACACUUCGCGCUUAUGGUGUUGGCCCCUGUGGACCUCGUGGGUUCUACGGCACACAGGACGUUCACAUGAAGACAGAAGAUGAUGUGGCGGCGUUCCUGGGGACCACGGCUUGCAUCAUCUACUCGCAGGCCUUCUCGACGAUUUCCAGUGUUAUUCCUGCCUUCUCGAAGCGUGGAGACAUUAUCGUCGCGGAUAAGGGGGUUAGCUUUGCAGUUCGCAAGGGUAUUCAGAUCUCUCGAAGUAUUGUCCGAUGGUAUGAGCAUAAUGACAUGGAGGAUCUGGAGCGCGUGCUUGCGAAGGUCACCAAGGAACAAGCUCGCAAGCCUUUGACUCGCAGAUUUAUUAUCACAGAGGGUCUGUUUGAGUCUUAUGGCGACAUGGCGGACUUGCCCAAGAUCAUCGAACUCAGACUUAAGUACAAGUUCCGUCUGAUCCUUGAUGAGACCUGGUCAUUCGGUGUGUUGGGACGCACUGGCCGUGGUCUCACAGAGCACCAAAACGUCGAUGCUUCCGAGGUUGAUAUGAUUGUGGGGUCACUGGCUGGUCCUCUCGUUGCUGGUGGUGGCUUCUGUGCUGGUUCGGAGGAGAUUGUUCACCACCAGCGUAUUUCAGCCGCUGCCUAUACAUUCUCCGCUGCGCUUCCCGCUCUGCUCUCGACUACUGCGAGUGCCACCAUCAACAUCCUUCAGAACAACCCUGAGACAGUAUCACAACUUCGGGAACUCACCAAGGCCAUGCGGGCUCAGUUGGAUCCCCGUAGUGACUGGGUUUACUGCACCAGCUCGCCUGAGAACCCUAUUCUCAUCUUGGUCAUCAAGCCCGAGGUUGUGGCUGCUAAGCGGCUCACACCCAAUGACCAGCAGUUCUUGCUCCAAGAUGCCGUGGAUGAGUCUCUCGCCAAUGGCGUUCUGAUCACACGGCUGAAGACCCUAGAGGACAACUUCGAGCCCAAGCAGGUCGUCCCGCCAGCCCUGAAGGUGUGCGUCACUACCGGUCUCACCAAGAAAGAGAUUGAAAAGGCAGGAACAAUUAUUCGCCAUGCCAUUACCAAGGUGAUGAGCAAGAGGAAGUAA